CUGAUUUCAAAACGCGAAUAACAGACGGUUGUACGAAAGAAUUUCGAGCCGAAUCACAGGUAAUAACCAUCUUCAUCUCCACCUCCCACCAACCAUGGCAUUCCUUAGUCAACUACAGGGUGGGUUUGCCCAACUCAAGCAAAAAGCCGAAGCGGCGGCUCCAUCAAUCGCUGACUCGUUGAAUCAAUUGAAAGAGGCUCCAAAGUUCAUGGAGAGUGCCUUUAAAACUGGAUUGAACAAGGUGAAGCUGGAUUCAUUGGGCAAGGUGCUCAAUGUGCCAUCGUUGGGAAGGACUCAGUCGCCGAUUGAUAUCGUUCCGGUUAUCACUGCGUUUGGCGAGCAUCUUCAGAAUGCACACUUUGAAGUAACCUACGAAUCGACCGGUGAAUUCAAAGCAGUAAACGAUGGCAAUUCGAUUUGGCUGAUGCGUGAGGGUAACAGCAGUGAGCUGGCUAUUUCAUUCCUCCCAGAAGAGCAAUAUCAUCUGGACGCUGUAAAUUUUCAUUGGGCAACUGAGCCGAUGAACGGAUCCGAGCACACAAUUGGUGGGGUUGGGUACGCAGGAGAAAUGCAUCUUAUUCAUCGGAAUACGCGAUUCGCCACAAUGGCCGAUGCUCUCAAACAACCCAAUGGGGUUAUUGCGAUCGCUGUUUUUCUGAAUGAAUCCCACGACGACAACGCAGUGUUCAGUCCGUUGAUCAAUCUUCUACCACAAGUGAUCUACAAAGGAAGUGAAUGCAAACUCUGCUCAUUCGACUUCCAAACAUUCUUCCCGGUUGCCGAGAAGACGAAGGAAUUUUGGAUGUACGAAGGAUCGGAGACAACUGAUCCAUUCCGAGAGACUGUCAACUGGAUUGUCAUCCGAGCGGCUCUUCCGAUUAGUUCUCAUCAGCUCGACAAGCUCCGCGAGGUCCGUGCCGGACGCUACGACGAAGAAUUCUCUGAUAAGGUCCCAAUGAAGCCACUUCGUCCAAUUCAGAACCCCUCCUCUCGUACAAUCCAAAGUAGCUUUCGCUCAGUCGCCGGUGCUCCCGACCUCGGAUUCCGACAGUGAUAUGGUACCUCAACCACCGCCAACCGGCUGUGAUACUCGUCUUCUCGUUCAGUCAUGCUUUCCGUAUACUAUUUUUAAGACAUAACCCAUUCCGGAACUUUAAAGGCACAUGCUUCAGCAAGAUCUACAUUUAGAUAGAGCGUCAUUAUGUGCCUUUAAAGCCCCAUUUUUCAGAUUUGCAAUACAAUAAUCCAAAAACGCAAUAACUUCCCCCAGCAUUCACAUAUUUUUGAUUCACUUUUCACACACACUUUUCUCUCCAAAAGGUCUCACAUAUGCCAAGCGUCUUGAUCUCUUUUUGAAAAAAAAUGUUUAGAUGUAUAGUUGUAAUAAAUAUUUGGUUAGAUUGGGAAAUUAAAAAAAAAUUUCAUUCACAAAUAAU